AUGUCAGUCAAGGACGAGAAUAUUAUGAAGUGGGUUGGGCAAAAAAAUCGAGAGAAAAAAAAGAAGAAGAGAUGAAAAAAAAUUGGAAAUGAGCGGAAAAUGAGCAGAUAUUUACAUAGGAUGAGUAGAGAACCCCACAAAAAAAAGAUAGAUUUAUCUGUGUGAGUGAAAGAAAGUAGGAUAGGUUACUGGCUCGAAAAAAAAAUACAAAAAUAAAUAGUGAGAGCUAGUUUUUGGUCGAGCAUUGUUUUGUUGAUUCGGGAACAUUUUUUACGGUAAUUUGGUCGAAGAAUACAUUACUGUUUUCAAAUGUUAUUCGGAAAGUUAUUGGUUUUUUGAAACAGUAAGUUUUUGAUUUUCGAAAUCACAUAUUUAGAAUUCUCAGAUUUAAUUUUGAAACAGUGAAGAUUGUUGAAUUCCUCAAAAAAUUCUGAAAAUUUGAAAAAGACAGUUCGUGCUAUCAAAAAAUUCACUGUUUCAAAAAAUGUAUAAGUUUCGGAAGGAAUUAAAAUUUUAUUAGAGAACCGAAUCUUAUUCCGAAAAAAACUCCCAAAAAUCAUAAGCUGAUCCUUUAUAUACAUUUUGUAUGAAUACAAAAUUCUAGAAAAAUUUACUGUUUCAAAAAUUUCAUAAAUUUUCAUGCGAAAUUUUGAAAUUGAUUAUUGUUUUCCAUAUAUUCAAGAAAAAACAACAGCAAAACGAUAUCUGAAAAAUUAUCCAGAAUUUCUACGUUUCAGAAAGUUAACAAAAAAUUUCACAGAAAAUUCAGAGCUGAUCCCUUAUAUACAUAUUUAUAAGAAGUAAUUCCAGAAAAAAUCACUGUUUUAAAAAAAGCAGAAAAAAAUUGAUUCUGGAGCUGAUCCCCUGAAUGAAAAUUCUAGAAAAAUUAACUGUUUCAAAAACUCUCGACCUUCACUGUGAGAGUUCAGAUUUUAUUAAAUCAUGCGUGUACUUGAAAAAAUACCCCCAAAAUUUUACGUAUCAAAAAAACCUCAAAGAAUUUCACAGUGAAUUCAUAACCAAUCCUUUGUACACAUAUUUAUAGGAAUCAAAAUUCUAGAGAAAAAAUAACUGUUUCAAAAAUUUCAUAUAUUUUUCAUUGGAAAAUUUUAAGUCAAAAUUCAAUAGAAUUUCUAGCUCCAAAAAAAUUUCAAAAGAAGCGGAAACGUGUCACAACAAUUAUCCACGGUUGAUUUUUUUUGAGAAAAAACACGGUGUGCCUUUGAUUUAUUCAUGAUUUUUCAGUGAAUUGAAUAAUCUCUGAACCAACAAAAAAAUAAUGAACAAGUCUUCUAAUAAUAAAAAUUGGAGAGUAGAAGAAGAAGAAGGAGGAAAGCUUUUCUUUGUUCAAUAAUUCAUUUACAUAGCUUUCUAGUCCCCUUUUUUAGUAGUUAGUCAGUCGAAAAAAAACGACAAAAAAAGAAGAAAAAAUAGCAGAAAAGGCGACAAUUUUCACGCGAGUCUUAACUUUCAACAACUUGGAAAAUUGCACAAAAAUCACGCAUUUUUAAUGGGCGCAAAAAAAAGGAAGGAAAAUGGAGAAAAGUCAGAGAAUGAGGGGGGAGUUUUGAAAAGGGAAUAGAAUUCAACGUAGUUUUUUUUUGCACUCAAAUUUGUAUUUUAACAAAAGUUGACUGAAAAUGGAUUUUUUAGCAAAAAAGUUUCUAAAUUGAAAUUUUUGGGAUUUUUUUGAAACAGUGAGAUUUUUUUUUGAUGAAAAAGAGGAAUUUUUCAAAAUUCUGAACAAAAUAAAUAACAUGAGCAAUGAUUUCCCGAAAAAUGUAAUUCUUGUAAUUUUAUGAUCCGCAAUCGAACGAUAUCAUCAAAGAUUCAAAAUAAAAUUUUUUGUGAAAUUUUUUUUUCUAGAAAUUCAUCCAAAACGUAUAUAACAUGAGCAAUGAUUUCUGCUAAAGUUUUUGAUUCAAAAAAUUUGAACUUUCUUCACUGGGAUUACUUAUCAUCGUUCAAAAAUUGUUGGAAUAUUCAAAAUAUUUUCGAAACAGUGAAUUUUUUCAAAAAAAUUUGAAAAUUCAAGUUAUAUUGUUUUUUGUACUAAAAUUUUUGAUUUUUUGUCUACAAAUCAAUCUUGAAGCUCUAUCAAAAAACUUUAUAGAUUAAUAUUUUUCUGAAUUUUUUGAAACAGUGGAAAUUUUGAGUUCUAAAUUUUUAUAGGAACUCAAAAAUUCAUAGAAAAUCUAACAUUUCGUUUUUUCUGAAAAAACUUUACAGUGCAUUUUUUUCAAAAAAUAUCUCAGAUUUCAAGUUUUUUCGUAAGACUAAAGUUCAAAUUUUGCUCAGAAAAAUUAAACAAAAAUUCACUAGAUGCUUUAUUUAAAAAAAAUGUGUUUGAUUUCCGAAAAAACAAACAAUUGUUGAAAAAAAUAUGAAUUUUUGAGUGAAAAGUUCAGUGGUCUUUGAAAUUCAUUUCAGUUUUUUCUCACAUAAAUUUUGAAUGAGGUUUGAGAGAGAAAAUGAUGAAAUGUUGAAGGUUUUUUUUGAAUUUUAAGAUCAGAUCACGAGAAAUUUUUUAAUGCUGAUUUUUGGAAAAAAAACUGAAACAGUAAAAAAUUUGGAUUUCAUUUUUCUGGAAAUUAAUAAAAAGUAUUCGAGGAAUUUUACUUAUCAAAAAAAAUUACUUGAACAAAAUUUAGAAAAUCCCUGAAACAGUGAAAAAAUUUUACCAAAUCAUAAACGGUUGCUGAAACAGUAAAAUUCAAAGUUUUAUCCCAAAAAAAAUUUUUACUCACUUUUUUCACCCAACAAAAAAAUGAAGUACACACAUCAAAACCAAAUAAACCAAACCGACAACAAAAAGCUAAUGGAGCAUGAAAAAAAUCACGUUUUUUUUCCUUUUUGCUAAAAAAAACCACCCAAAAAAACUUUUCUCGUUUCAGACAAUGCCAUUUGCUCAAAGGACAUAGUGAACAUCGGACAAAUGAGUGGAAAGAGCAAGAAGUUUUGAGGUGAGCAGAAGGAACUUGGGGAAUUUUUUAAUGUUUCAAAAAUUUGGGAAAAUAAAUUUAUGGUGGGGUAUUUUGAUGAAGCAAUAGAUAAUCGAUUUUUGCAAAGAAUAUUUUAAAAUCUGAAAUUUUUCACUGUUUCAAAAUAUUUUUAAAUCUCUGAGAAACUAAAAUGUAUUCAAUACAUUCUAAAAAAAACCAAAAAAGGUGUCAAAGUGAUAAUAUUUACAUACUCCGUAAGAAGAUAAGCAGAAAUUUCAACACAGAAAAAAUGACAUAAAAUUUUUGGGGGUCGCGUGCUAAAGAAGUACUUGACAAAAGUUCACUGUUUCAAAUUUUUAAUGAAUAUUUUGUGAGGUUUCGGGGGAUGAUGAUUCAAAUGAAGUGGGAAAAUAAAAAUUAACUGUUUCAAAAUUUGGAUGAAAUUUUUGAUGAGGUGUUGUUUUUAACAAAAACAUUUCAGAUUUUGAAAGUUUUCUUUUGUUAAAAAGUUCACUGCUUCAAAAUUUGUAUUUAUUUUUCUGGCGUCGUUUUUUUUCAAAAUUGAAACAGCUUUGAAUACAAAAUUAAAAUUCAAUUUUAAAACUUGAAAAAUUACUGUUUCAAUUUUAUUUUAUAAAUUUCUGACCAGUUUUUGAGUCGAAUGAGUUAGAAAACAUUGAAAAAAAUUUCUUUUGCGAAAAAUUCACUGUUUCAAAAAUUUUAUUAAUUUUUUUGGUGUUAUUUAUUUUUUUAAUCGGUCUUUUUACAGGAAUAAAUUCAAUUUUGGUUAAAAAACUUGAAAAAUUACUGUUUCAAGUUUAAUUAAUAUAUUUCUGACCAGUUUUUAAGUCGAGUGAGUUAGGAAACAUUUUAAAAAAAUUUUGCGAAAAAUUCUUUUGCAAAAAAAUUCACUGUUUCAAAAUUUUAAUACAUUAUUUGGUGUCACAUAUUUUUUAAUCGGCUUUCCUUUUGACGGGAAUAAAUUCAAUUUUGGUUGAAAAACUUGAAAAAUUACAGUUUCAAUCCAAAACUCUCUCCAUUUUUCCAGAAGUUGUGUUCAAGCUCUCGAAGGUCGAUGUUCUCGUCGAAGCGAAGUUUCGCAUCAACAAAAAAUGGCCGUCAAGCAAUUUGUAGCCAAAAUCGAAGUAAUGUUACUUAAUGAAUUAUCCGGAUUUGUAGAGCGAAAAAAUGAACCAGAUCGUCGUCUAAUUUCAAGAUUAAAUCGAGAAUUGAUCAAUAUUGAUGCAAAAGAUGAGCGACCUUCAAUUUAUCAUGUUCCAUCGCCAUCUCGACCAGCUUGGAAAACAUGGACACUUAGUGAUUCGGAUCCGAAUAAAAUGCAAAAAGUUUUGGAUUUGACUUCGAAUAUUAUGAGGAUUCCGAAAACAUCGAGUAGUAUUGAUGAUAUUUCGGAAAUUAAACAUUCUGCUGAUUGGGAUGCUAGAUAUAUUACUCAUGUUAUAUGUGAAAAUAUUGGAAUUACACCGUUUGUUGUUCAUGAGUGAGUUUGGGGAGGUUAAACAUUUUUUCAAAUUUUUAUUCAGCAUUUGAAAUCAAAUUUCUGAAAUUCUCAUAAAUGAACUUACUAGCACCAUCAAUUUUCAUACAUAACUCACAUGCAAAUUUUGAAACAGUGAAUUUUCGGGAAAAAAAUCUAGGAUUUUUACUGGUGUUUUCUGAGUCACAAAGAUUUCUAUGAGCAUGCCCGUGAAAAUUUUAGGAAAAUUUUGAAACAGUGAUUUUUCUCAAACGCUUUUUCUCUGGAUCUUUAAUUCUGAUGAAAAAAACCUCUAUAAUUGGAGAAACCCCUUUUAUUUUUUAUAUACAAAAGUUUUGAAACAGUGAAUUUUCGGGGAAAAAAUCAGAGAUUUUCAAUAUAAAAAAUGUAGUGUUUUCUGAAUCUAAAACGAUUUCCACGAACAUUGAAUGGGUUCAACAUUCCAAUUUGAAACCGAGAAAACUUAAAGGAAAUUUUGAAACAGUAAUUAAUUCUCAAUUUUUUUUUCUAGAUUUCUGGAAGAUUUUAAUUCCAAAAUUUGGAGCAAACCCUUAUACAAAAAUUUUGAAACAGUGAAUUUUUUCCGAAUCAUAUUUUUGCAGCUCAUCUCGAAGUGACAUAACCGAAGAACAUCGUCGACGUGGAUGUUCUGUCGAUUCUUCAAUGUCCUCUCGUUUUGUCCGCGAUACUCCAUACGUCAGUUCAUUUCGUGAAAAAUCGAUACCAAUUGAAGAUGGAAGAUUUGGCUCGGUUUCAUCGUCGAGUUUAAAUGCUUAUGAGAAAUUAUCAACAAAUGUUUCGUCUUUGCCACCUUUGAGUGAUUAUACAUCACAUCCAAGCAGUAUUUUGGUGAGUUUUGAGGGGUUUGGGAUUUUUGGGUGGAUUUUUGAAAAGCUUAAAAAAUCCACAAAAUUUGCUGUUUCAAACUUUUGAUAUUGAUUUUAUGGUUCAUUUUUUUCUUGUUAUUAUGUUCAAAAAAAAAAUCCAAUUUUAACAAAUGAUAAUUUUAAAAAAUUCCGAAAAUUUACUGUUUCAAAAAUUUUAUAUUAUUUUUUGUUUUAAAAUAUUUUAUUGAUUAGUUAUGGAGAUUUGAUUCCUUUGAAUUUUUUGAAAUUUUUUUUUCAAUGAAAGUUUAAAAAUCCCGUGAUUCUUGAGAACUUCAAAAAUUUACUGUUUCAAAAUUUUGAUAUAUAAUUUUUUAGUUCAAUCUUUUCUGGUUCUGAUAACGCUUUUAUUUUUCAAAUUACAAAAAAUCCAAAUAAAAUUUUUUUUUAAAUCUAGAAAAAUUUACUGUUUCAAAAUUUUGAUAUUUUCUGUUCAAAGUAUUUUUUGAUUAGUUUUGGAGAUCCUAUGAAUUUUCUGAAAUUUUUUUUCAAUGAAAGUUUAAAAAUCCCGUGAUUCUUGCGAAUUUCAAAAAUGUACUGUUUCAAAAUUUUGAUAUUGAUUUUAUGGUUCAAUUUUUUCUUGUUAGAAUGUCGUUUCAUACGAUUUUCAAAAAAAAAUCCAAUCUUAAUAAAUAAAAUUUUUUAAAAAUCUAGAAAAUUUACUGUUUCAAAAAUUUUAUAUUAUUUUCGUUAAAAAUAUUUUAUUGAUUCAAAUUGGAUGAUAUGAAUUUUUCGAAAUUUGUUUCAAUGAAAGUUCAAAAAUCCCGUGAUUCUUGAGAAUUUCAAAAAUGUACUGUUUCAAAAUUUUGAUAUAUAAUUUUUUGUUCAACCUUUUCUUGUUAUGAUGUAGCGUCUUUCAUCCGAUUUCCAAAAAAAAAAUCCAAUGUUAUUUUUUAAAAAAUCACGAAAAUUUACUGUUUCAAAAAUUUUAUAUUAUUUUUGUUCAAAGUAUUUUAUUGAUUCAUAUGUUUCAAUGAAAAUUCAAAAAUUCUAUAUUUCUCGAGAAUAUCAGAAAAUCCCGUUUCAAAACUUCUUUACAUUCCAGAGUUCCUCAAUAACCCCAACACCCCGUGAAGCCGACGAAGACGAAGCCGCGCAACGCGAAGAAAUCUACUGUUUCGGCAAAAGCUAUCUGACUCGUCCGAUUUGCGUCGAAGCAUUCAGCACAGCCUCGAAACCUAAUCGACUUGCAAUUACAGAUAGUUGUGGGGGUAAGGAAAUUGACAUUUAGAAAGAAAAGGGAACCUUAUGAAAUAUUUAUGUUUAGGUGUUUAUAUAACAAGUGCAAAUGGCGAAAUUGAGCAACAUAUUUUGAUAAAAAAUUCAUCAGCAAGUUCGAUUUGUGUGGAUGAGAAGAAUGAGUUAUUGUAAGUCAACGGGGGAUUUUCUGAUUUGAAAAAUCAAAAAAAAAUUUCGGACUGCAAGACUCACUAUAAAUUAAAAAUAUGAGACUGAAAGGUAUACUGUAGCUCUAAACUACAAGGAGUACGGUGGCCUCAGGCUGCAGGGAUUACUGUAGACUAGGGUUAAUUUAAACUGCAAAUACAUACUGUAAUUCCGGGACUGCAAAUUUUACUGUAGCAUCAUCAAAUUAUAGUGUAGUUUCAAUGCUACCAGACUAGAAGGGUUACUGUAACCAGGCUGCAAGGAGUACUGUAUUUUGAAAAUUUUCAGAUUUUCAAGAAAAAUAUACCAAAAAAUCGGAAAAUUUUGCAGAUAUGUAAGUGUAAUGCAAUCAAAAGGUAGAUCAAUUCAUGUCUUUGAUAUUGCUUUGGACUGUAAAAAAGUCGAAGUGAUUUCAUGUCCAAAAGACCCGAAAAUUGAAAUGAGCCGAACACGUUGGAUUACUGUAGGACCACGUGGACAUUUAUUUAUGACAAGUGGAGAUAAUAUAAAAAGUGCACUUUGGACAUAUAUUCGAAGUAAAAAAGCGUGGAAAUUGUUAAAGGAAUCGAAAAAAUCUAGGUAUCAAUAUUUGAAUGUGGCUGAGGAUCAAGCUGAAUAUAAGUGAGUUUGGGAUUGUGGGAUUCGGAUUGGGUUAAGAUAUUUCAAUUUAAGAUUUAUAUAAUUGUUGAAAUUGUGUAGUUACCAAACUUUAAUUUUCAAAUAAUUGAAGAUUUGAAUAUUUUUUAAAUCAGUGAAUUUUUGAGUAAAAAAACAUAUUUUUGUUCAAUCGAAGUAGAUAAUCUAAAUACUCACAAAAUUCGAAUGUUGAAUAUAACUUAAUUUUGAAACAGUGGAUUUUUCACUGCAUAAAAAUUAAAUUUUCCAGAAAUUUUCAAACUAAACGUAAGCGAGGAAAAAGCAUCAACAAUUUUCAUUGAAAAACUUGAAUAUUUUUUGAAACAGUGAAUUUUUGAGUUGAAAAAACAUAUUUUUAAAAUUCAAUCCAAGGAUUACUCACAAAUUUCGAGAGUUGAAAAUAAGUAAAUUCUGAAACAGUGGAUUUUUUCCCAAAUUUUUUAACGCUGAACAUUUUUUUCGCUGUAUAAAAAAACUUUCAAAAUAAAUUUCAUGACAACGACAAUCAGCAAUAUUUUAAAAAUUUUAUAGAACAUUUUGUAUAAUUUUUGAAACAGUGGAUUUUUUCCUCAAUUUUUCGAACACUCAAAAUUGUUUAUUGAGAAACUUUUUUGUUUGUCGAGAAACAAAAUCCAAUUUCUCAGAAUUUUUUAAAAUUAAUUUUAUGCAAAGGUAAUCCAACAUUUUCAAAUUUUUCAUUGAAAGUCUUAAAUAUUUUAUGAAACAGUGGAUUUUUUUUCAAUUUUUUGAAUUCUGUGAAAUGCAUUUUUCAUUGAGUAACUUGUUUAUUUUUUGAAACAGUGAAAUUUUGAGUUGAAAGACCCACACAUUACAAACAUAUAAUACUCACAAAAUUCAAAUGUUGGAAAUAAUGAAUUUUCGAAACAGUGGAUUUUUUUUUGAAAUUAUUUUACUAUAAAAAUCAUUUUCCAGUAAAUUUUCCUUUCAAAAUUCCUAUUUUUGCAGAGCGGUAGUUCUUCUAACUUGCGAUGCUGCCAAUAAUCGUCUCCUUCUUUUCGUCGUCGAUCAUUCAAUGAGUUUGAUAAAUGAAUAUGAUUUGAGUAAAACCUAUCGACUUCAAGAACAUAUUCAUUCACCAGCUUCAGCGAUUGUUGAUAAGGUAUUUAUUCUCAUUUUAUUUAUUAUCUCAAAAUAUUUGAAUAUUUCUAUAGAACGGCAAUCUUCUAAUCCUCGAUUACGCAAAUGGCAAACUUUGGAUCCUGUUAUCUGGCGUCAAAGGUGUUCGCCGCCUCAAACAAGUUCCCCUUCCAGAAAUCGUCAAACCACAAGAAGCUCUCGGAAUAUGCACCAAGAAUGAUAUUUUGUACAUGGCACUUUUUAAUAGGCGCGAAAUUUUAUGUUGCAAAUAUUUGGCCGAUGGUGUUUUCCGCCCAAUGGUCACCAGCUCACCGAUUCAGCAAAGAAGAAGCACAAGUUUGCCGAGGAAUUGA